AUGGCGAGACAGCUAAGCACCACAGCUGCGAGGCAGACUGAGCUACCCAGUGCUGCUUCGUCCGCUUCCUUCGCCUCCUUCACCGACCCUGCCCCUUCAUCAUCGACCUCGAGGUUGCCCGCGCAGCCCGCUGCCACCUCGAGCGCCAGACCAGCCACUCCGUAUAUGUCGACAAAGCUCGCACUGGUCAGGGGCAAGGAUGUACGUCUGGGGCAUGCCGGCGCCGAGCAGCAAAGUCGCGGCUUUCGAUCUGGACGGUACGAUCAUCCAACCGAUGAAUGGCAACCCGUUUCCGAAGGACUCGUACGACUGGGAACACUUUGUGGCGGUUCCGUCGUCCGCAAGUCGCAAGACUUGCUUCGUGACAGCUACGCCAUUGUCCUCUUCAUGAACCAAGCCUCCCCCUUCUCCGACCUGAGCGCCGACUUCCGCCGCAAGAUCCCCUUCGUCUGCCGGCGCGUCAACGUUUCGCUGCACGUCUUUGCAUGCUUCGAGUUUGACGAGAUCCGUCGUCGAGUACUGGCUGCGGGAGGGUGCUACGCAUCGCUGCGCGCGCGGGUCGUAUACGCCAACACACACCUCAUCUCCCCCUCCCUGCACUCGCUCGCAUACUGGCCCGCUCCGCCAUCCUUCCUCGCCUCCCUCCUCCUCCAGUUCGUCUGGGGCGGCACCUCGCACUACUACGCAGUGCAGAAGGACACCGUCUUCCUCCAGGUCGAGCAAGGAGGACUCGGCCUUCUCAACCCUGUCGACCUCGAUCACGCCAACUCGCUCGCUUUCCUCGAUUCGAUCUAUAUGGCGACUCCCUCCCUUUAUCUCGACCUCGCCCUCGCUUCCCGCAAUCGCACCCUCCGGCCUCAACAACCCGACUCGUCCUCGCCUUCCUCCUCCUCGCCUGCCUGGUCUCCCUGGUCCAUCUUCCGCGCCUCAAAAACAAGGAUCAAGAGUCAUCUAUGGUCUCGUACCCUUUCUGCACUACGCUCUUCACCCCUGGCUGUGUCGCUGUACGGGCUUGGACCCGCUCCCACCGCCUCUUUUUUGUCCCUUCCUCCCUCUCUCUUCUCGCCGCGGACUCACCAAGGUCAAAACCAUCGCUCAACUGUACCACCAUCAUCGCAUCACCAACAACUGCCAACCCGGACUCUACACACGCUAUCUCCCGACCUCGCCCCCUCGCUCCUCAUCCGGUCGCCUCGCCGCUCGGCACGACUGGCUUCUGUUUGUGGCUGCUCACCCUCUUCUGCGUUAUUAUCUUCCCCUCGCCGACCUUGCUGGAACCCCCAUCCCUCUCCCUACUCCUCAGGACCCGCCUCCUACCGCCUUCUCCUUCCUCGGCCUCCCUCACGGCUUCUCCGCCUCCGCCGCUCGCCGCGCUCUCGUCGCCCGCCGCACAGUCGUCGCACUACACCCACGACUCGAGCCGCACUUGCCCCAAGCCGUCCCACAGGCGACGUCCACUCGACUUUGGCGCUGGCUUCGUCGUCAACCGGCAACUCCGCGGGAGGCAGACACGCAUUGGAAGAUUCUACAGGGCGCACUUACGACUGUCGACGGCAGUUACAGAUCGCUGAAGACGACUGCUGCAUCUUCUGCGGAUUGUGCGACUCCCUCAUCCACGCCCUCUUCGACUGCGACUUCUCCUCGUCGUACUGGUCCGCCCUCGUCAGCCUUCUCGCCCACAGCAUCAACGACUACAUGACAACGACGACCCUCGCGCCCGACGAGCUUCUCCUCGGCCUGCCCACCCUCUCAGCCGUCACCGACGUUUCGUCCUCGCCUCUUCUCCGCGCCAUCGUCGCCAUCGGCUUCCAAAACGCUCGUCGACACUCGCUGGGCUCGCAUUCGGCCGACAAACCCCACUCGGACGUCGCCGUCCGCCGAUACGCUGGCAAGUCGCGCCUUCGCAGCCAUCGCCGUCCGCCUCGAGUAGGCUUCCUCUCGGAUCCUGGCGGGUCCUUCGCCCUUCUUUCGCCCUCGCUUUCUUCUUCCCGUUAUAGCCUUUCAGGACUGAGCGUACUGCGCCUUUAG